CCAACUUCCGUGCUACGACCCACUCACUGCUGCAUACUUAACUCGAGCCCAAGGGAGAUAAAGCGAGCAUACUUGCAAGUUUUUAAUUCGUGGUUUGGCUGAUCUUGCAUAGAACGAGAGAAGUUAGCUUCUGGCAAUGGCCGAAUUCGACGAUACUGAUCGAAACUCUGAACAUGCCGCUGCCGCGACAUUUCGCUGUGUGGAUGAUAUACUAGAUGAUCCUCCAUUGACCUACGAGCAAUGGAAGCUGAGGGAAAAGAUAAGAAUGGUUGAAGCGAUCAACUCGGGUCGCUUGCCUCUGUACGACGAACCGGAAUUGCCCCCGUCCUCAACAGAGACCACCGUCCCGACUGAGCAGCCACAGGGCGAGGACCAGGACUUCGAGCCCUAUACGUUCUUCGUCUACGGGACGUUGAUGGAUCCGGAAGUGCUGACGGCAGUGGCUGGUCUGGACGGCGAGCCCCAGCUGCAGGACGCCUGGAUUGAGGGCUUCGCGAUGAAGAUGUGGAACGGCAUUUACCCCGUCCUCGUGCCCAGCGACAGCGCCCAUGCCCUCAUUAAAGGCAAAGUGUGGCAGGCUACCACUGUACUGCAGUGCCUGCGACUUCAGCGGUACGAAACGUCGGCGUACGAGCCCGUCGACUGCCUGGUUCACAUUGGCGACAAUACGCCGAUCAAGGGCUUAGUCUUCCAAUGGGCGAAAGAACCGACCAGCAGUGAGCUCAUGGAGGGGACCUUUGACCUGGAACACUGGCAAAAGACUCACAAACGCCCCAUGUGGUGAUGGAUAGGGUACUAGAACGGGAUAAAGACCCGGGGUGCGCGGUUUACGCAUGGCAUUAUUGUUGUUGGAUGUAUCGCUUGCAUUUCGUCCGGCUGGAAACGGCUGACUCUGCUGCCAGACCUAAGCGGGAUGGCUGGGGCCUAGGAUGGGGGAGCAAUAGACGGUUUUCGGAGCGCCUCAAACUUUCAGACAUAGAGUGACGUAAAGAGCGUUUCCUCUCCUCGCAUUUACCACCGAAUACGAGUGUGGGCAGGACAGUUCGACAUGCAUGGUGCGGCUGUGGCUUAAUAAACCUUUUAACUGAUCUUUGUGUGUACUGUAUAGAUAUUAACGAUCCAAGUGUUCCCGCCCUCAUUCAGAGAAGUAUAUUACGGGUAGAGGUGUUUGA